AUGGCCCACGACACACAACAUCUGACCAUCAGUAAGGAAGAAGCAAGUAAAAUAGAUGAAGAGGCAAAGCGCCGUCUAUUGUCCUCUCGGAAGCUCUCACUUGUGGUGGAUCUCGACCAGACAAUUAUUCACGCUGCCGUCGAUCCCACUAUAGCAGAAUGGAUGAAAGAUCCAGAAAACCCCAACUACGAUGCAGUCAAGGACGUUCGCUCAUUUCAGCUUGUCGACGACGGACCAGGCAUGCGGGGUUGCUGGUACUAUAUCAAGCUAAGGCCCGGGCUGGAAGACUUUCUACAACAUAUCGCUCGGCUAUAUGAGCUGCACAUCUAUACCAUGGGUACGCGGCAGUAUGCGCAACAGAUUGCCAAUAUAGUCGACCCGGACCGAACGUACUUCGGCGACCGAAUCUUGAGUCGAGACGAGAGUGGCAGCAUGGUUGCAAAGAAUCUUGAAAGAUUGUUUCCGGUAGACACAAAAAUGGUUGUCAUUAUCGACGAUAGAGGAGACGUGUGGAAAUGGAGUGCCAACCUAGUCAGAGUCACCCCGUUUGAUUUCUUUGUGGGUAUUGGUGAUAUCAAUUCCAGCUUCCUGCCCAGGAAACAGGAAAUCCAGAGCACGCCGAAGGUGGAGAAUAGAUUGCCGACCGAGGACGGUGGCGCAGAUAACGACGAAAAUCAGCCCGACCAAUCUAAUGGAUUUGCCGAAGACGGAACCUCCAGUAUUCAGGAGGGAACCUCAGCGCUGGAACAGUUCAUGGCCAUGAGUGGCGGUGAUGACCCAACAGUUCGUGAAAUGCAGACCAAGGGACAAGAAGAGAUCAUUCAUUCGCAGCUCGAAGACAAACCCCUCCUCAAGAUGCAGUUGGAACAGGAUGAGAAAGAUGAGGCAGAAGCAGCCGCCGCCAAUGGCGAACUUGCGGCGCCUCAAUCUACCGAAUCCGACUCUAGUGAAUCAUCGGAGUCAUCAGAAGGGGGUUCGGGAGCAUCGAAACACAAAGCGCGUCACAGCAUUCUGAAGAACGAUGAUGAGGAGCUUAUCCACCUCGAGUCAAGUCUGACGAAACUCCAUUCGGCCUUUUUUGCAGAAUAUGAUCGCAAGCGGUUAGGUGGAAAGGGUGGACGUGUAGCUGAGCUUACCGGAAAGCGAAAGGCACCCCUUCCUCCUACCGAUGACGACCACAGUAAUGCAGUGGAUCUGAUGUUCGUGCCUGACAUCAAAAAAGUCAUGCCUUCCAUGAAGAUGAGAGUCUUCUCCAACGUCACCAUUGUGUUCAGUGGUGUGCUCCCUCUUGGGACCGACAUUCAGACUGCUGAUAUCAGCACCUGGGCAAAGACCUUUGGCGCCAAAAUUACCGACAGAAUCUCCCGUGAUGUCACCCAUGUCGUCGCUGCACGUCCGGGCACUGCGAAAGUCAAGCAUGCCGUCAAACGCGGCAUCAAGGUGGUGGGCACGGCUUGGCUGAUUGAUUCGAUGCAGCAGUGGCGCAAGCUUGAUGAAAGGCCAUAUUUACUCGAGGGUGCUGGAAAACAGCGUCAUGAAACUUCUAGCGACCUCGGUGACCUUCUGGAGAGGUCCAACGUCGGUGCCAGCGAUUUUCUUCUCAGUUCGUCCGAGGGCGAGUCUACCGGCUUAGACACCGAGGACGACCAGCCGGUAAGGAAAAAGCUCAAGUUGGAUGUCGGUAAUGGUGAAUCGCCUGAGGACAGAGAGUAUGAGGAAAUGAUUGACGACGGUAGUCCAAUUACCAUCAAUCAAGAUGAAUGGGCAGAUAUUGAUGCCGAACUGAAGGAAUUCAUGGGCAGCGACGCCGAAAGUGAAAGUGAUACCGAUUCGGUCAGUUCUGCCUUGAGUUUCCGAGAACGCCGCUCCAUGAAGCGAAGACGGGACGAAGGCGAUGAAGAAGUCGAUGCAGACCAUUCAUCAACGGUCAAGAAAAAUGGAACAGGGAGUGCUUUGAAGACGGUUGCGAACGCCAGUAGUGAACGCGAUACGAACAGCACCAACACUCCCAAUACCGAACUAAGAGAAGAACAGAUCAAGGAAGAACAAAGACAGGUCGAGGAAGCUCAACAACGAGAAGAAGAAGACCAGGAAGACUCGGACGACGAGUUGGCUCGAGAGCUGGAGCGAGAGCUUGAGGAGGCUGAUGCAGAGGAGGAGGAAAGGCCAAAAGAGACCGAGGAAUGA